AUGAGGCACAAAGCGUGUGCUGGACCCAGGCGAGCUCAAUAUGUUGCUGAGCGAGCUUUGCGUCUCUAUGUUGGGGAUGUUGUCACAGAAUGUGGGACAUCCCCCAUCCUGAAGUUUCUUGGAGAGCUUCUGUACACCCUCCUCUGUGUCUGCAGCAAGUGCUGCUGCAAGCGGAACGUCCUCCGGAAACAGAAACACUGGGAGAAAGUCCUCGUGGCGAAGAAGAAAAAGAGAACGCAGGAAAGAGAGAGAAGGAGAGCACGGCAGGCUGAAGGCGGAGGCACCGCAGGACAGCCUAGCAAAAGAGUUCUGAAAGCCCUCACAAAAGAACGCCUCCUGGAAGCCAGGGAGUCUGGUCCCCGGCUCUGCGUGGACCUCAGCAUGGCUGACCACAUGACAAAGAAGGAAACGAGCCGCCUUGCUGCGCAGAUCAGAAGACUCUAUGGGGCCAACAGGAGAGCGGAAAAACCAUUCUGGCUGUAUCUCACUGAGUUUGUGGUGGGCUCUUCGAUUUACAAGGAGUGCAUCCGCAUGAACGAUGGCUUCUGCAAUUAUUUGAUGGAUAUAACUCCAGAAAGUUACCUUAACCUGUUUCCUAUAGAUGCUAUUAUUUAUCUCACUCCGGACUCCGAGAAUGUUCUUGAAGACAUUGAUCCAAAAAAAGUGUAUAUCCUUGGAGGACUGGUGGAUGAAAGUAUUCAUAAGAGACUGACCUUGCAAAAGGCUCGAGAUGAGUCUUUGCAAACAGCCCGCCUCCCAAUUCGUGAGUACAUGGUGAAAACCAUCAACACCAAGAACUACCAUUCAGAGACACUUGCAAUCAAUCAAGUCUUUGACGUCUUAUCAACUUUCUACAAAACCCAAAGUUGGCCAGCAGCUUUGAAAGCUGGAGUUUCUUCAGGAAAAGGCUAUGUGCUCCCAAAUGCAAUGAAUUAAGUAAAACUACAUGGCAAAGCACAAGCAAAUUCUUUAUUUUCUGAUGUUAAGGAGUUAUGACAAACAAGGGAAGCAAACUCCAUAUUUCAAGCAGAG